AUGGCUCUGCGAGGAGUUUGGCAACUCAAGAAGCUCGUUGUUAGCUAUAGCGAUUGGGGCGGAAGUAGCAGAGGUAUUAGGGCAUUUAUGGAGUCGCACAUGCCAGCGUUUAAGGAGUCGAAUCCUCAGUUAGAGGUGGCCACUGAAAUGAUUCGUGGUCAGCAUCCACAUUUAAAGGCUUUUUACAAGAACCAUAACGACCGAGUGGUGUGUGUGAAGAAUAUGGAUCCGGAAGAGAUACUUCUGCAUGCAACCAGGCUGAGGAAUGCUCUCGGAAGAAAAGUAAUAAAACUGAGAACAAGGCAUGUAACCAAACACCCUAGUGUGCAAGGUACAUGGACAACUGCUUUGAAAUAUUAG